GAUUCUUGUCUGUGUUUGCAGUUUAGCUUGUUUCAACAUCUCUUGCUCUCUUUUCACAAGCCACUUGGUUUUGGGCUUCAAAGUGUCUGUGUUCAUUCCUUCUGUUGAUGGUACAUUGGAUGCAGUGCUCGUGAGUGUGAAGCGUGUACGUCACAAAAAAACGUCAGACGCGGAACCCGGAAGUUUCCACCAUCGAAUUGAGCUGGGGUGAAAUGAUAUCUGUCACGCAACCUGCUUUCGAGGCCGUUCAGUUAAGUGCUUUUGUAUCAGGGUUUAUUUUUCUAAGCAGUUAGGUUUAUUAAAGUGCUUAGCAAAUCAAGUUUAUCUUGUGGUGAAAGGGGAAUACAAUAGUCACCAGGCACUGCGUGCGUGUCUGUAUUGACCUGUUGGUGUGUCUGAUAAAGACACUCAGUGUGUGAGGUUUGGUCUACAGAUGGAGCAGGCUUGAGUGUGUUCGUUUAUCAUAGCCUUAAACGUGGAUUCAGAAAGUGAAACAAGUUUAAACACAAUAGUCAAAGCAGUUUUUAUCUAGCUAUCCUGGGCAGUAAGCGUUAUUAAACUGACUCAGACACAUCAUCACAUUACACCAGGUAUAUGGAUUAUCUAGCUAUCAGUAUUGACUGAUAUCGACUGACCUAUUUUCAGUCGACUUUACGUUUAUUAUAGGAAGUGAAUAUGUGUGGUUAGUUGCCUGAUUAUAUAGUCAGAGAGGUACAGCUCUCCUCGAGUGAACAGCACUGACCGGUGGAGCUGUUGUGACCCACAGCCCCCCUCCUUCCUCACGGACUGACUCUCUAAUGCACGGCUUACCCAUGCUACCAGAAAGCAGAAAACGGCGUCAUAGCUGUGAUGCUGAGGAAGAGCAACUUCUGCCGCAAGCUAAGAGGUUUCCAGGUCAUCCUUUCUUUUCUGAACUAGCUCAUGAUGCUUGGGACUUUGAGUCUUCCAGUAGUGACAGCAGUUGCGUUAGCAGCCCCGAAAAGCUGACAGGAGCUGGCUCCAUCCACCAGUCUCCACGAAGAAAUGGAAAGUGCAUCUUGGAGGAUUCCUGUAGCCCUGGCACCUCAGGGCAGUUUGGUGAAGAGGUGGCCUUACAGUGCAAAUCUGAUGACUCAUAUGAUCAUAUCAACCGCAUCCUUAGAGAAGCCCACUUCAACAGUCUGAAAACUCGUGGCCAGCCAGGAGCAACUUGAUCACCACUGAUUGAUUACCCAAACAUCUGGCAUCUGAUGGCACUACACAGGGAAUCUUUUACAUCAAUGGCACAACGUGGAUCUCUCUUCACUUUGGCUCAAUUGCAUUGGUACCCAUAUUUACAGCACUUUUUCAUUGUCAUUGUCAGGUUUCGUUUUAGAUCUCUACUUGGGUGCUAUAACAUAAAAGAAAUCUCAGACAGCAUGCUAUGUGAUUGUUACAUGUAAAUCGCUAUUGCUUAUCCUGGCAGAUGUACAUGGUGCUACAUACUAAAUAAUCCAGUCAUACAAGGUUAGCGUGCCACAUGGUGUGGGUUGUUGAUGUACUUUGUGAUGAGUAGUGAGAUAAGUGGAAAAGGUGCACAUAGAAUUUUUCUUUCUCUAAUUCAUCUUCUUCCUACAGACCUCUGGGAUCACACAGAUGGCUUAAAUGGGGAAUGAAUUAACAGUAGUUUUUUUUUAAUCUAUAUACAUAGUACCUGAGGGUCAUUUCUUUUUGUUUCUAUUUGAUUUGUAAUCACUGAAUUAGUUUAGUUCUAUCUUGUAUAUUUAAAAAAGCAAUUCAGGCUUUGUGAUUUCUUUGCUGUGUGCCAUUAGGUCAAAUUGCUGGCAAGUUGCUAACUAUAGUACAGAUAUGUGCCAGACAAGUAUAUAAUUACCUUCAGUCAUUUUCUUUUUCAAUCUGCCUGUUGCUUAGUGCACACUAUUUAUUUCACUUUUGGACUUAACUUUAGCAGAAUGUCUGUAUUUAAUUAUUGGAUUAUUGUUUAACUCAGGUAUGCUGUAAUGUACCGUUCUUCAUGCACUUUUAUUAGUGAAGGUAACAAGAAAUUCCUUGACUUAAUUGUCAUCAGAUCGAGAUGACAAUGUAAUUUUAACUCCCAGAAUAUUUUGCAGAGCCUAAGAACAGUCAUUUCCUGACUGCUUUUUCUGCGUAUGAUUCAGCCGUUUCAAAGGAACACAGGAAGACACCAUGGCCUAAAAUUAGUCUUCUACUAAAAUAGCAGCCUAGGGCUGUAGUACCACCACCUCUUAGUCAGACAAGGUAUGGGAUAGUUUUUAAUAUCUUUCCACACAUGCAUAACAACAUGGUCCCCCCCCCCCCAUCUGUUUUUCAUUCUGCCUUCCAGCUAAAUAAUGGACAAUUACCAGAAAGUGCUACAUCUUGAUCAUCCCAGAGUCUGUAAUCUCGUAUGUAUGUAGGAUCACAUUGUGUAUGUGUUCAGAGGACAUACUCACGCUUCCAAAUGAACUGUUCUUUUGAGAGUCUGUCCUUGUAAAAUAAGGGUGCUGAUAUAGCCGUUAACUUGCACGGACACACUGCAGUACAUCCAUGUGAAGGACCAGUGCUUCUCGGGGGUUGCAGGUGACGGUUUUUUGCAAAAAGUCCACAUGCCUAUAUAAUUAAAAGUAUAUUCUUGAGAAUGACUUUUCCUCUGAUAUUAAAUGACACGUGUGCAAAGGUCUCUUAAUGCUACACGAAUGUUCGUGCACCUGACCUUCAUGCGCAUAUGCUAUAUUGCCAAAGGUUUUGGGACACCCCUCCAAAUCAUUGAAUUCAGGGGUUGGGCUUGGCCCCUUAGUGCCAGUGAAAGGAACUCUUAAUGCUUCAGCAUACCAAGACAUUUUAGACAAUUUCAUGCUCCAACUUUGUGGGAAUAGUUUGGGGAUGACCCCUUCCUGUUCUAACAUGACCAGUGCACAAAGCAAGGUCCAUAAAGACAUGAAUGAGAUGGAAGUAAGAGGCCAAGCCCAACACCUGAAUUCAAUAAGAGUUGGAGGAGUGUUCCAAAACCUUUGGCAAUAUAGUGUAUGUCCAUUAUGUGCUUUUUGAUCAUCUCAUUCCAGAGGCCAAAAAAAAAAAAAAAAAAACC